AUGCGCGGCCUUGCUUUCCUCGCAAAUGCGACAUGCGCUCUAUUCGCAAGGACCGGCCUUGCUGCACCGGCUGCAUGCCCUGCUCCCGUGGUUACUACUACCUCGACCUCAGUUCCUGCUUUGUCUACGAUUUACCAGUUCCCAGCUGGCUCUGGCGCCUGGGUGGAGAACAUUGCUGAGCGCUCCAAUGGCCAGCUCCUCGUCACCCGCAUGUUCACUCCCGAACUCUGGCUCAUCGACCCGGAGACUGGUUCUGCUGAGUUGGUCUACAGCUUCCCCGGUGCCAACUCAGUGACUGGCAUUACACCUACUGGCAACAACGACGAGUUUGCUGUUGCAGUCGGUAACGUCGAUGCCGCCACAUUCACACCUGAGGCUGGCAGCUGGAGCACCUGGAAACUCAGCAUGUCGGAAGCCGAGGCAACCGCUACACUCAUCACCAAGCUUCCUGAGGCCAAGUUCCUCAACGGCAUGGGCUCGUUCGAAGCUGGAGAAUCGAAGGGUCUUCUCAUCACUGACUCAGUCGUUGGUGGUAUCUGGGCUGUUGACCUUGCGACUGGUGCCAACAGCCUUGCUCUGCAGGACGACACCAUGAUCGCACCCGCCGGCGCCGCCUUCGCUGUUGGCAUCGAUGGCUUCCGUAUCAAGGGUGACUACCUCUACUAUACCGUUUUCGCUGGCGGUGUCCUUCGCCGGAUCAACGUCGAGUACCCCUCUGGCGCCGAUCUCGCUGCCGGGACUGCUACAUUGAAGCAGAUCGCUGUCGAGGAGCUUGCGAACACUGGCGGUUCUUUCGACGACCUUGACGUUGCAGCUGACGGCACCGUCUACGUCACCACAAACCCUGAGAACACCGUCGUCAAGUUCGCUGCUGCUGGUGGCAAGCCCACUCUCGUUGCUGGCAACGCUGGGAGUUUGGCUCUUGCUGGCGCGUCAUCCGCCCUUCUGUCCAAGAUCGCUGCCAAUGUUCUGUACGUUACCACGUCCGGUGGCGUUGCUGCGCCUGUCAACGGCACCUUGUCUGAGGCCGGCAAGAUCAUGAAGAUUGUCUUGUAA